AUGAGCAAGACAUUUGGAAUUCGCAAAGUGGAAUUGAUCCAGCGUCCGCUGCCCGGCCAAGAAGGGGUCGGUUUCUUUUUCAAGAUCAACCACGUCCCGAUCUUCGCUGCCGGCUCGUCUUGGAUUCCGGCCGACUCCUUCCUGUCUCGUAUCUCUACGCAGAAAUACAGGGACCGGAUCAAGUUGGUUCGCGAUUCUAAUGAGGUUAUGAUCCGCGUUUGGGGCGGUGGUGUGCGCGAGCAUGAAUCCUUUUACCAUCCUUGUGACCAGCUGGGCGGCCUUGUCUGGCAAGAUUUCAUGUUUGCGUAUGUCAACUUCCAAGCACACGCACAGUUGCGAAAUCGCGUUGCAGUGAAAGCGGAGCAAGAUGUCCGCCGAUCGAGACGUCACCCCUCUAUUGUGCUGUGGUGUGGGAACAACGAGGAUUAUAUCAUUCCGCCGCUCAGACAGCUUGAAUACGAUUCAAGCGAGAUCGACCCCGGAAAGAUUCUCGAAUCUCCUUUUCCAGCAAGUUGCGUGCAGGAGAAUGGCGACGUAUCGGAAGACAAAUCUUUGAAAUGGCACAACAAAAUGGAAGAUGGAGGAGACAGGAUUGCGCGCUACAGGAAUGAUAACAUCAAAUUCGAGACGGGAUCUCUCCCCGUAUACAUCUACUCGACCCAACUGAUUUAG